CAAGUCUGCAAACACAGUCUGAAGGUGCAGGGUCACACAUAUGCAGAUGAUACUAUUUGAGCUAAUAUACACCAGAGGAGGCUCUGGGGUUCUCAGACUCUGAGAGUCAGUCUAUCAUUUCAGCCAAUCUGCCGUGAAAUGGAAGUUCUGCUGAUGAUGGUCGUCCUCCAUGCUUUGUGCCUGCAUCAAGGACUCCAGGGUGCAGCUAUUUCUUCAAAUGAAAACAGGACCGACACUAGCAGAAGUGAUGAGCUUUUGGAGAGAAAGAGCACUGAAGGUGGAGCGCAUACACCCAGCCUCUCUAAGGACUGCCCUGGAACUCUGUUGGCUUUUCAUCACGGCAGGUGGGUGGCUGUAACUCUGAUACAGCAGAGCACUGAGCCUAAGAAAGGCAUGGCUCAACUCUGUAAAGACCCUGAAUGUGAAAGAAUCUUUGCUGAAAAUGGUACAGCAUCCACGAAUACCUGCCUUUCUGACUGCACCAUCAUAAACCCCAACCUGUACAACUGCACAGAAGCUGCAUCAGACAACUGUUCAGAUGUGAUAGAGGUAGUCUGUGCAUCGCAGGCUGUGCAGUUGAUUGGAGGCAAUGACAGAUGUGCAGGUCGGGUGGAGCUGUAUGGCACUGGAGGCUGGGGCACAGUGUGUGAUGAUGGAUGGGACUUAAAAGCAAGAAACGUGGUGUGCGCCCAGUUGGAGUGUGGCACUGCUUUAAUGGUAAAGGGUGAUUUUGACCCAGGCUCUGGUCCUAUUCACAUCAGCCAACUGAACUGCAGUGGGAAAGAGAGAAACCUCUGGCAGUGCGCCACUAUGCUAGACAGAGGAACAAACUACUGUGGCCACAAGGAGGAUGCUGCAGUGGUGUGCUCAGGAAGUUCCUACACACUGGAUACCACAAUAAAUACAUCCAUGCCAGAUCUCACAAACUGGACAACAGAGACUGUAGUAACAGAGGUAGCUGCUGAGGACAACAGUGGCAGGAUUUCAGCACCCGUCCUGGGUUGCAUUGUUCUCUCUGUCGCUCUGUUCUUACUGCUGUCUUCAAAUGCUGCUCAGUUUGCAUACUACAAAAAACGAAAUGGAGGAAUUGAAGCCAGGACAGCAUUACAAGCUUUACAGCGAAACGAUUCUGACACUUCAAGUGACUCCAAUUAUGAACAUUACCACAACCCUGACUUCCCUCCACCUACUACUGUGAAUAACUGUGAACAAAAUGAUACUCUUAGGGUUGGAGAUUGCAAUCAAGAGCAAGGAAGAUUCUGUGAAGAAAGAAAUGCUGUACAAAUUCAUGACCUUGAUUCAGAGAGCACAUCUUCGGGGGAAUGUUAUGAAAAAAUAGAAACUGAAACAGAGAACCUUUUGAAUCCAGCUGUUAACCAGUUUUAUCCUGAGCACCACAUAAAGAUGACACCUUUGCACACUACCAGUGAACCAGUUAAAAGUGACUCAGUGGACUCCUUUGAUUCAGACAGCACGUCCUCUGGGGAAUGCUAUGAAAACACAGGAGUGAAUGCUGACCCUUGUUUCCAGACAUUGGAGGGAGAACCAUCACUUCCUGAGCAGCCCCCACUGAGUCACCCCAAACCUCAGAUGGCAGGAAACAGCAGUGUUUCCCAGCCAUACUCUCCUGAUCAUGCUCAUGACCUUGAUUCAGAGAGCACAUCCUCAGGUGAAUUUUAUGAAAACACAGAAACUGAAAGGGAGAACCUUUUGAAUCCAGCUGUUAACCAGUGUUAUCCUGAGCACUGCAUACAGACGACACCUUUACACAAUACCAGUGAACCAGCUAAAAGUGAAUCAGUGGACUCCUUUGAUUCAGACAGCACGUCCUCUGGGGAAUGCUAUGAAAACACAGGAGUGAAUGCUGACCCUUGUUUCCAGACAUUGGAGGGAAACCCAUCACUUCCUGAGCAGCCCCCACUGAGUCACCCCAAACCUCAGAUGGCAGGAAACAGCAGUGUUUCCCAGCCAUACUCUCCUGAUCAAGAUGACAGCAGCACAUCAUCUGAGGAAGCUUAUGAAAAUGUCGCAGAGGUAGAGAAUUUCUUUGCUAAAAGUGAGCAGUCAGUCCACUCCUCUACAGACAGUGACUAUGAUGAUGUCAGUAACUGGUGAAUGCUGAAGCCACUGUCACUGACAAGCUCAGAUCAAAACAGAUCUCCAAGAAAUGUUUGCUACCAUAUUUAUUUAACAUUUAGACAUUGUAAUUAAAAUAAAGUCUUUCUGAUUUUUUAUGUA